GUUUUUCUUUGGAUCCUCUCAGAUGGAAACAACAGAAAACUGCUUCCUCUAGCACUUCACUUUAGAAUUAGUUUUUAAGAAAGACUUUGCUGUAUGUGUUGAGAGCUAUAUUUUAUCUCUCGAAAUAGCUUGUUCCGAGUAGGUUUUAGGAGCCCAUCUUUGCCGUUUACACUGAAAGUAAAAGGAAGAAAUUUAGUGGCACAGUGGCGGAUUCUUUGCUUGCUGUCACAAAAAAUGUGUAUAUAUGGACCCUCGGAAGGAAAGAGGCCUGAAAGCAGCCCGAGACUCUCAUGGACAAUACCCGAUGCGUCUUAGCCACUAUCAAGAUAAUUCAGUUGGGCAUGGGUAUCGGCUGCCUGACGCUGCGUGAGAGCGCUCACAUGAACCCUGAUCUACCGGAGGUGCACAACACGCUCUUCUGCGGAACCUUCAUGGGCUUCACCAUUAUCGCCGUGGCACUCUUGCUGGGCUACUUCAUCAGGAAGCCGGCCCCAAAGGAAGUGGACCUGUUUUUCGGAUUCAUGGGAGGUGUGUGCUUUUUCGUGUGCGGCACACUGUCCAUGCACUACCCAAUGAUCGACGAGAAGGUGAUGCUGCUGCCCCCAGAGGAGAAGGCGAAGUAUCCGUUCUUCAUACUGUGUUCCAACAUCGCGCUGGCGUGCUUCGCAAACGCGCUCCUCUACAUUUUCGAGGCGUGCGUGCUGUACGACAUCUGGUAUUACGAAUUACGGCGCCAAAAGCAGGAAACCCAAGACCUGGAGAAGCUGACGGAGGAGAUUGUGAGGGAGCGGAAACGCUCUCUCCCGCCCACCUUGCUGGAGGAGGACGGAGAGCAGGAGGAAGGGGAGGGCCGCGACGUCGGCGAGGAAUCGCCGGAGGGGAAGCUGGGCCGCCUGAAGCUGCGCUGCUUCUGCCUGGACGCGGUGUGGAAGCGCAUGCGACGCAACCGCCAGCCGACGCCCCCGCCGGCCGAGCAGCGGGAGCAGCGGGUGUCGUCGUCGCUGCCGGUGCUGCCCGCCUCCGCAAAGGCGGAGCCGCAGCCGGGGCCCUCGUCCGUGUCGGACCACCGCCAGCCGGGGAUUCCCCGGAGGCAGUCCUUCGGCGGCUUCGACCCGCCGCGCAUCCACGUCACGCCGACGUCCGAGGAGGAGGAAGGCGACAGCGACUCCAGGGAGGAGUGACGGAGCCUCCGCCCCCGCUGGCCACUUCACGACCGCUGCCCGGCGCAGCCCCCCUCCUGCCCUCAGUACUCUGCCAGCAUAGCGCCAGGCCCUCUCUUUGUUAAGCGUUCGUGGCAGAGUUUGAAGGGGUCCGCAAAUAUUUAUACGGGCGAUAUGGAAAUAAACCUACUCUUUUUUCUAUA